UUCAGACUGUCAGAUGAUGACCACUAGACGGCGCACUUUGUAACAUCUCCUCAUUAUUGUUUAUUCCAAAAUGACGGAAAACAGCGCGUCGCCGGAGGAUCCCUGGCUUAAAACGGACGGCACAUUUAGUGACGGCGGAUUUGACCACAGUUUCUUUGCAGAGAGCGCUCGCAAAGGUAGUGUCGUUUCAAGAGCCAACAGCAUUGGAUCCACAAGUGCAUCUUCAGUACCAAAUACAGAUGAUGAAGACAGUGACAACAGACACGAGACUCCCUAUAAGGAGUCGUACAAAGACCGGAGGAGACAAGCACACACGCAAGCAGAGCAAAAACGCAGGGAUGCCAUAAAGAAAGGCUAUGAUGACCUGCAGUGUAUAGUGCCCACGUGCCAGCAACCGUCUGAGUUUGCCAUGGCUACACAGAAGAUGAGCAAAGCUACGGUCCUGCAGAAAACCAUCGACUACAUUCAGUUUCUCCACAAAGAAAAGAAGAAGCAGGAAGAGGAAGUUUCAACACUUAGGAAGGAGGUGAUGGCACUGAAGAUUAUGAAAACGAACUAUGAGCACAUUGUGAAUGCGCAUCAGAAUAACCCUCAGCAGGGCAGCGAGCAGGUUUCAGAUCAGGUGAAGUUCAGCGUGUUUCAAAGCAUCAUGGACUCUUUGUUCCAGUCCUUCAGUGCCUCUGUGUCUGUCAGCAGCUUUCAGGAGCUUUCUGCCUGUGUCUUCAGCUGGAUUGAGGAGCACUGCAAACCUCAGACGCUGAGGGAGUUUGUGGUGACUGUGCUGCGGCAGGUGAAUGGACAGAUGUACUGAAGCUUUGGAGCCGUCUGCCUCUCAGGCCAAGGGUGUAACGUCUUUACACCCAGCUAUUAUCCGAUUCAAAAACACAGGGACUGUUUCUCUCAUAAAUACACACUAUGCAGCAGGGAAUAAGCACACUAUUAGACUGGGGUGCAUUCAAGAACUUGAAACAUAACAGUGCAUUUAUAUAUACAAGUAUUGACUGAUGUACAGGUAUUGGGAGUGAUUUAAUGCAAUAGUUCAGUGAGUUCUGUUGUCGGGUAGGUUUAAUGUGCUUUUGUCUUUCAUAACACUAUGAUACAGUUUUGUUUUCUCUUUUACAUUCAGGUGAUUAAAAACCAUCUUUAUUAAUAUCUUCUAAAGGGUGAGGAAUUGAAUGGGGACAAAAUGUCUUCUUUACAUUGCUGUUGAAGUUGUUGAACACACCCCAGUUCAAUCACAUAUUUCAACACCAGUAUUCUUAUGUUCAACCGGGCUUAUGUUCGUAUUGCUGCUUUACAUUUGCCUAUUUGAUUUACACCCUAAGCUGUGCAACAAAAGAUGCAUACAUCUAUCAAACUGCUCAAUCAACUGCCAUGUAAUGAUUAAACUGGCUGUGAUGAAUUAAUUUAUCUUUACCUCAUAAUCUUAACUACAUCUGCGUACAGCUUACUUAUGGAAAGGGGAGCUGGGAGAUUUGUAGUUCAACUGUGAUGUGACAUUGUCAUGCACCACACGUUUCUACCUUUUAUUAUUUUAAGCAGUUGGUUUUAAGUCAAAAAUCGGCUGUUCCACAUGCUUAAAUAUCAUCAGGCAACGCUGAGCCAAGUCUGAUAUCUUAGUUCCUCUUUUAAGCGACUGUCCUUGAGAUGCUGUGACCAAAGAUUGCGGUAUCUACUGUGCGCACAAACAAUAAACCGACAUUUAUUUGUUUAGCUGUAUUACAAGCUUGUGUAGCUGAAUAAUGUCCAGUGUUUUAUUCUAUACAUAUGUCAAUAGUUUGUGUUCUUGUGAUCGAUAUGUUUUUUGUGCUGCGUGCAUGCUGUUCAUGGUAACAGCUCCACGUGUUGUGACCGCCCAAAUAUAUUUAUCAUUUAAUGAAUGUUAUCAAACCAAACAAUAAUGGAUUACAAUUGAAGUCGACUCAGGAAAACUGUAUGAAGACUUUUUUUAAAUAACAGAUGAUUGUACAAUCAUGCUGUAAAAGGGACAUCUUUAAAUAUCAAGCCAUAGUGGAGAGAAAUGCUAGCCUCACAGAAAUGAGGCUAAAUCAUGUUACUGCUCUCUUGUGCUUUUGGAUUUCUGAUGUCAAGAGAAUUUGCUUCAGAUAUUUUUGUAUCAGUAUAAUGUUUAAUUCAAAAAUAAACGUUCAAACUUA